GCAACAAUUUGUGGUUGUACGUAGAUUCAUAGUAAUACGAAGUAUAAACCAAUUAUAAGUCUCAAACAAACAAUAAAAACAUGUGCAACAAUUGAGAGAAUUAGCUCAAACAAAAAUGGAAGAAAUUAUAGGCAAUAAGUUUGUGACAAUAAAGCACACCAUAGAAGGAGCACCAAAGGAGGAUGAUUUUGAGGUUUUAACCACAAAUAUUAGCACAUCAUCCAUUAAGCCAGGCUCUAACGAUGUCCUCGUCAAAUGUCUUCAACUUUCCAUUGAUCCUUACCAACUUAACCGCAUGAAGAGUUUUAGUACUUCUCAGAAUUCAGUAGCUGUGGCUUUCAAAUUGGUUCCUGGCAAGUCAAUUGAAGGAUAUGGAGUUGGAAAAGUUGUGGCUUCAGGGCAUCCUAAAUUCCGAAAGGAUGACUUAGUUACUGGACUAUUGAAUUGGGCACAAUAUGUCGUGGUGGAGGACGUCAAUUUGUUGCAGAAAUUAUUAGAUCCUACUGAAUUUCCCUUGUCAUACCAUGUCGGAAUACUUGGACUUAGUGGACUCACAGCAUAUGCUGGGUUAUUCAAAGUGGGCAAACCAAAGAAGGGAGAGAGGAUAUUUGUAUCAACUGCUUCAGGAUCUAUUGGAAAUUUAGUAGGGCAAUACGCUAAGUUAUUUGGUUGCUAUGUUGUUGGUUGCGCAGGUUCCACUGAAAAGGUUGCUAUGUUAAAGGAAAAACUUGGCUUUGAUGGUGCAUUCAAUUAUAAAGAAGAGAGUGAUUUGAAGUUGGCUCUUCAAAGACACUUUCCAGAAGGAAUUGACAUCUAUUUUGACAAUGUGGGUGGUGAGAUGCUAGAAGCUGCUGUUGCAAACAUGAACCCCUUUGGUAGAGUGGUUGCAUGUGGUGUUAUGUCUCAGUACACCGAUCCUACUAAGAGAAGAGCUGGUCCCGACAUGAUCGACGUCGUGUAUAAGCGAAUCACCAUGCAAGGAUAUCUGGCUAACGAUUACAAGGAUGAAAAUUUCGAAGAAUUUGUAUCAACAACAUCAAGAUACCUCCAAGCAGGCCAAAUGCAGGUGCUUGAAGAUAUCCAUGUUGGCAUAGAGAACAUCCCUUCAGCUUUUGUAGGUCUCUUUUGUGGCCGUAACAUUGGCAAGACUAUUGUUAAAAUCGCGGAUGAUUAACUUAUCCGUGUUUCAUUUACUCCAUCCAUUACCAAUUGAUAAAACAAUAUAAUUGUUAAAUAAGCAAACUUGAUUCUAAGUGUUUACCCUUAUUUGAGAGUUGGUAAUGAGAAUAGAAUUAAGUUUUGUACUUUUUGCUUGAAAUAAAGUGUUCUGUCACUUCCGUGUGAAUUUUUAAGGAA